AUGUUCAGAAAUAACUAUGAUAACGACUCUGUCACAUACUCGCCAACCGGACGGUUAUUUCAAGUUGAGUACGCGUUAGAGGCUAUCAAACAAGGUAGUGCUGCUGUGGGAUUAGUAUCAAAGGAUAACGUUGUUUUGGUGGCAUUGAAAAGAAAUGCCGAGGAAUUGGGGUCAUAUCAAAAGAAAAUAAUCAAAAUCGAUGAUCAUAUGGGGGUUGCAUUAGCAGGGUUGGCUCCCGAUGCUAGAGUGUUGUCCAAUUUUUUGCGAAAACAAGCCAUGCAGUGUAAAAUGAUUUUCAAUCGUCCAAUACAAACUUACAAAGCAGCAUUGACAAUUGCUGAUAAGGCUCAAGAAAAUACUCAGAGUUACGGAUCUAGACCGUAUGGUGUGGGUUUGUUGAUUGCUGGUUACGACGAAACGGGGGCACAUCUCUUGGAAUUUCAACCUUCGGGGUCUGUGCUUGAAUACUACGGCGCCGCUAUUGGAGCAAGAUCACAAGCUGCACGAACUUACUUGGAAAGAAAUUUGGAAGAGAUCAAGGCGAGUGAUACAGUGGAGAAGUUGAUUGUACAUGGGUUGUAUGCAUUAAGAGACACAUUGAGUCAGGAUGUUGAGCUUACUUUGAAAAAUACCAGUGUUUGUGUUGUUGGCAAAGACCAACCAUUUGUCUUGUAUGAUGACGAAAAUGUCCAGCAGUGGUUGGACAAACUAGAUUCUGUUACCAAUGAGAGAAAUAGAACGGAUGGCGGUGAUGAUGACAACGACAAUGAUAAUGAUGAAGACGGAAACAGCACAGCCACCCCGGGAGACGCUAGUGAGAGUAAAGAGGAAAAGAAACCAGCUACCGAAGAUAAGAUGGAAACCGAUGAAUAA